GUUAAAUAUGAUCACUUGGAUCUCUUUGAGUUGGGCUUCUCAGAUAUCUUAAACCCAACAAUAUUUCUAGGUUUGAUACAAUGAAUAUAGUUAAUUGGUAGCCCGUAGCCUUGAAAGGCCCGAUCCAGCAAUUCCUCAUCAGAAAGUACUCAUCACAAAUCAAAUCGGAAAAGAAAGCAGUUGAAUUGGAAAAUGGGAGUUGCAGGAGAAUUCUCAAGAAUGAUUGACUAUACUCCCUACAACAGAGAAAGAACAACGAUGAAGGUUUAGGCAGCAAAUUAAUACAGAGCCAAACCAACACAACACUCCAUCAAAAAUCUUACUGCACAGUCUGUGUUUCACACUUCUCUCACUAUGCCGGACAACAGCAUUGCUAGCAAUACAUCGGAUUCUUCCUCUUCUUCGUCUUCUCCAACCGCAACUUUCAACAUCGCCGAUCACUUACCGCUUCGUCUCCUUCAAUCCGAGAUUAUCCCCCCGGCGCCUAACCGGACGGCGAUCGACUGGCUUCCCGACUUCGCUGGUUACGCCUGGAUCGCCUAUGGAGCGGCAUCUCUCCUUGUCGUCUCUCAUUUUCCCGACCCCAAUUCCAAGUCUGAAAUCCUAAUUGGUCCCAUUCUGCGCCAGGUCUUCGAGCUCGGUGGAUCUUCCUCCGGCGGUGGCGUCGUUUCCGCUGUGUGUUGGUCCCCUGUUUCGCCUUCCCUGGGUGACUUGGCUGCUGCAUUGGAUAACUGCAUUUGCCUCUUCGAAUGUAGUAAUAGUAAGUCCUGACAUUGUGAACCUGACCCACACUUUUAGAUUAUUAAAUGGUUGUUAUACAAUUUGGACACUUUUUGUUUUUCUUUUUCUUUUCCCUUCAACUGGAAGCAUUUGAGGCUUUUGAUGAUGUUGGGUGUUUGUUAGUAGUAAGAUUUGGGGCUUACGAUGAUGCAGUUACGGUAGGUAUGACGAAUUUAAUUCAUUCAUUGAUUCUUAAAAGUUGGAGUUCAGAGUGUCAUUAGCUAUUAUAAUGGUGGAACUUGAGAUUUUGACUGCUUUCAUUCUUUGAAUAUGUUUUAUCAAUGUUGAAAGAGAAGGAUAAUAUUGCCAGUGUACAUGUGGGUUUGUUAGGAACCAUAUUAGUUAGCUAGCAGAAGUUAAAAAGAAAAUUCUUACCAGGAUUUUGAUAACUUGGGUUUCAGCUCUAGCAAUUUGAUUUAUUUUUUAUUUUUUUUGGUUACUUCGAGAUUAAUGCUUUUUCAGAUGUUGGUGACCUGUCUAUUCGUGGAUGAAAAGACUUAACUGUAGCUGUGGGAAGAUUUGGAUGACCAUGUUAAACAGUAAUUGUUGGUAUAGGAAUCAGAAACCAAUGCAUAUACAUGCAAAAUCUUGCUUCUUUCGAAUGGUGGAAGGGAUUUGUCAUUAGGCAUUAGGGCAAUGGGGGAUGUUACGUAGUCAGGAAUUGGGAUCUGGUUCGUUUUUACUGAAAACAGAAAAUGAAUGGAAUUACUUCUAGAACCUUGCUUUCUGUAUACGAAGGAUUGGAAUGAGUGUGUGGCUUUAACGAAAUAGAAACAUGAUAAUAUACGAAACAGGGAUUUACCAGGAAUGAGACGACACACAUCUAUUGUAAAGAAGCUUUCUUUCUUUGAACAGAGGUUUGUAAGGAGGAUGCGGAUUUUGGAAAUGGCAAUGCAAGAAAUUGGGAUCUGGAUUUUCUUUCUUUUUUUUUCCUUGGUUACUUCUCGAAUUACUUUAUCUUGGCAACUAUUCAAGUGCAGUGCUUUACAUUCUUAUUGAAGAAACCAUCUCUGUCUUAAUCAAGCAUUUGACGCCUUAGUUUGAUUUUAAGUCACGGUGUCCAGUUUGUUUUUGUACUGAUUGCUUCAGUUUUGAUCUCCACCAUUGGAUGUUCUCUUUAGAGUGUGAGUAUAAACUCCUUUACUGAUAUUCAGGUUCUUUUUGUUGGAGCCAGAAUGCAACCCUUGUACAAUCUACCCAUGUAGAAGGGAUCAAAUGGACCACAUCAGGUGAUGGGAUCAUUGCAGGUGGGAUUGAGGUGGUUUUGUGGAAAAAGAGAGAAAAUUCUUGGGAAAGAGCUUGGAAAUUCAAGCCACCCGUGCCCCACAUUCUUAUAUCUUCCUGCUGGUCAAUUGAUGAACCUCUUGCAACAGCACCACGUGGUAAAUUUCCAUCUUUAGAAGAUUUUUCUUUUCCUUUGAGUGAGGCAUAUAAACAUGUUCUAGUGAGUUGUGGUAAUGGAGGAAAUUCCGAAUGUGCCCAAGCUGAGCUUCGGCAUCCGGCACCUGUUUCUAUGAUCCAGUGGAGGCCAUCAGCAACAGGAAGAUCACUUAUUGGGGUGAAAGGCAGACAAUUACGGAGGUUGGUGUUACUAACGAGCUGUAUUGAUGGUGCUGUAAGGUUAUGGAGUGAUAAUGAUGAUGGCAAGGUAAAAAAGACCGGCAAGGACACCAAUGAUCAUAAUAAAACACCGAGGUUGUCAUUUCGAGUUGUCGCUGUCGUUGAGGUAAACCAAACUCUGAAAGGAGCUUUAGGCUCUGAUGUGUAUGUAACGUGGGCUGGUGAAUUUGAUGGUAUUGGCACCCGUGAUUGUUCCUUAACCAAUUAUCAAUAUGAUAAGACUGGAUCAUGUGAAUGGUUGAUUGGGGUUGGUCCACAAUUGACGGUGACUUUCUGGUCUGUUCACUGUCUUGACGAUUUUGCUCCUGUGAGAUUCCCAAGGGUCACGUUAUCAAAGAAGCAAGAGCUGGUCGGUGAGGACGUGGAAUGGGGGGGAUUAUUGCUUGAGAAAGUUUUUGUCAGAAGGAACAGAGUGUUUAGCCCACCAAAUAUGUGUUCUUUGGUUGAGUUGUUACCGUGUAAUUCUCUAGCUUGGUUGCAGUUACAUUCUGAAGUAUCAUCGCCUGAAGCACAAGAGAAAGUGAAUUCAAAUUCUAAUUUUCAUAAGAAAGAUUCGUUAUCAUCCCAAACCUUAGGUAUCUUGGACAUUGACAGUCAUGCUGGAAAUAUUUUAAAGGUUGUACUUCAUCCUUGGGUUUUUGAAGUUGGGCUUGCUGCUUCAUUAGAUACAAAUGGGGUUAUCAUAUUUUGGUCACUUACAGCUGCUUGCAACAAUACUGCUGACUUUCCAACUUUGAAUCCAUCUUCAAAGUAUUCUGGGAGAAUAAAAUCUUCAGAUUCUUUUGACAAGUACACUUCUUUGGGUUGGACACCUGCUGUCUUAAGUGAAGACCGAGUUCUUGUCACGGGACAUGCUGGUGGUAUUGAUUGCUUUAUUGUAAGGGUUUUGGAAAGUGGAGAGAAAAUUGCAUACCAUAAUUUGUUUACAAUCCCCUUUGGCAGUGAAGACUUUGAUCAAGGGCCAACUACUCUUUGCUCAUUUCCUUUGCCAUCAACAUGUAACGGAACGUAUGUCUCCAAUAGCUUUAUUCUGGUAGCUAUAUGGGAGCACAGUUUUCGAGCGUAUUCAUGGAAGGUGACUGUCCAUCAUGAUUCAUCUGGAAACACAAUUGAUUGUUGUUGUGGUAUGAAAAACACUGCCAAGACAUUUGAGGGUGAUUUUUCUGGCAAGAGAUAUUAUAUUUCUGUUUAUCCUUUCUCAUCAGUAUUUCCCUCUGACAACAAAGUAUCUUGUUUUGCGGUUGUCCAACCCAGUAAUAAUUUUCUUUCAUCUGGAGUACAGGAAGGGAGUUCUGCUGAUGAAUCUUGUUACAGAAGUGCCCCAUAUCACAUUGUAACUGGGUGCAAUGACGGUAGGGUGAAACUGUGGCAAAGUGUGCCAGCUUUAUCUAGUUCUCCUUAUGCAGUAUGGAAUCUUGUUGGGGAGCUUGUUGCUCAUCAAGGUCCCAUCUUGGCAGUGUCGCCCACUGUCUGUGGCGGAAAGGUUGCAACAGUAUCAUUGUCAGCCGGUAGAUUUGGUACUACCCUUCACGUAUGGGAAUCAGUGUUCAUUGGCGGUGUUGAAGGCAAAUUUAUGUUGGAGGACACAUUAUCUUUUGAUUGCAAAGUUGUAACUUUGAAUUGGUUGGAUCUCGGCAAUGGUCUCUUAUUACUUGGUGUCUGCUUUCAAAAUGAGUUGAAAGUAUAUGCUCAAAAACACUGUUUAGAAGAGCCUGUUGAAGGAAAUAUUUGGGUUUGUAUUGCAGUAACUCGUACACAUGCCAUCAUUCGUGAUUUCUUUUGGGGACCAAACGCUACAAUUGGGGUUAUUAACCUUCACUAUUUCUGUCUGUUUACCCAUCUGUCUCUCUUUGAUAAUAAGAAUACACAAAUGCGUCCCCGAGAAAGUCACAAGGACGGUCCUUUUAUUUGCAAUGGUGCUUCCACAGAACAUUUGCCUCCUGGUGUGUUCUUCGAUUCUGAUAUACAUGAUGCUGAAAAACCUUCAAUGCAAGACUAUCCUAGGCAAUUCCAAGCCAGGACUCUGAUGAAUGUGAAUUCAAGAGGUGGCGUUUGGCAGAACUUUGAUUUCGAGAGCACUGGUUUUUGGAGCUUUUCAGGAGUAGCAGAAAUGCUUGGAGGACCCUUACCUGCCUUUCACCCAGAGGCACUUCUGCUAAACAUAGGCACAGGUAAUUGGAAGCGUGCAUAUGUGGCCGUGCAGCAUCUUAUUGGGAACCUAACGUCUGCUAAAACCUUCGAGAAAAGAUUUUGUUGUAGGAAGGAUAAUCAGUUCAUUUCACAAGUGUCCUUGUCAAAUUAUCUUGAAGGUGGUCAUGUCUCUUCUAAAUUGGGUGAAAAAUCAUCAUUUCAAUGGGUUGUAUCACCAGAUGAGAUUUCAUCACCGUCUUCUCAGUUUCAAAGAGAAGAAUCAUCUGCAUUUGCUUCAAGCUGGGCAUAUAGGGGUACAGAUAAUAAUGCAUUUCCUUCUUCUUCAGUCAGAUCUGAACAGCCUAGAGAUUUCAUUGAAGUGCUAGAUAAGUUUUAUGACUUUGCGGGUAUAAGCAACGAUGAGAAAAUGCAAAUCCAAGCUAUUAUUGACAUCCUCCAAGAACUUACUAGUGGACACACUGCCUCUGCUUAUGGAAGUCUUGAUGAAUCUGGUCGAAGGUUCUGGGUUGCAGUGAGGUUUCAACGGUUGUAUUUUACUAAAAGACAUGGCAGGUCACCAUUGGCCGGGGAGUUGGUUCUUUCUUCUAAAUUCAUUGGAUGGGCCUUUCACUCAGAUUGUCAAGAGAACUUGUUUGAUUCCCUUUUAUCUAAUGAACCAUCAUGGCAAGAAAUGCGUGACAUUGGCGUAGGGUUUUGGUACUCAAACACAAAUUUAUUGAGGGUGAAGAUGGAAAAAUUGGCCCGGCGACAAUAUUUGAAAACCAAAGAUCCGAGGGAUUGUGCGCUUCUUUACAUUGCAUUGAAUAGGAUUCAAGUUCUGGCUGGUCUUUUUAAAAUUAGCAAAGAUGAAAAAGACAAACCUUUGGUGGCUUUUCUUUCACGCAAUUUUCAGGAUGAAAAAAACAGGGCAGCUGCUUUGAAAAAUGCGUAUGUUUUAAUGGGGAAACAUCAGCUGGAGCUUGCUGCUGCUUUCUUUCUACUUGGGGGUGAUACAUAUUCCGCUGUGAACGUCUGUGCAAAAAACCUAGGGGAUGAACAACUGGGUCUAGUGAUUUGUCGUCUUGUUGAUGGGUUUGCAGGAGUGUUAGAGCAUAACCUUAUUUCAAAAAUUAUCCUUCCGUCAUCAAUUUCAAAAGGUGAUUUUUGGCUAGCGAGUAUGCUCGAGUGGAUACUUGGGAAUUAUCCAAAAGCGUACCUGAGAAUGCUAGGCUGCCAGAUGACUUUGACAAACAAAGAAUCAACUAUACCAUCUGGGCGAAAAUAUCUUUUGGACCCGAGUAUUGGCCAGCACUGCCUAAUGUUGGCAAACAAGACAAACAUGAAGAAUGCAGUGGGGGAACCAGAAGCGGGAAUUUUCAGUCGGUGGGCCAUGCUGAUGACCACUGUUGCACUUGGCAGAUCUGGGAUGCCCCUUGAAGCCUUGGAGUGCCUUUCAUCUUUUCUCAAUGCUUUCGGUGCUGCAAAUCAAGUAACAGUAUCUGAAAGUGGACAUGUCGAACUUUUGCAUGAAGUUUUGAAGUUAUCUCCUCAUGGGAAGUCUUCAAAUUGGAUUUCUAGUGAUUUCGCUAAGCAUAAAGAGCUACAGGCUAAAUCUGAAUUUGCCAUGAACUACGUGUCACAAUUGUUGAAGGAACACCCUAGUUGGAGGCACAUUAAUACAGUAUGUUUUGGUAGAUCUACAUACAUGGAGCCUGAGAAUGACGAAUACAAAAGGUUGGUCAAUGAGUUUAUUGAUAAAGUAACCGUAACGCUGACAUACUUCCAGCAGAAAUUUACUCUGGACACUUUUGAUUUGAUCAACAAGAUCAUGCUAUUCUUGAAUAGCAAUGGCCUUCAAUUUGUUGGGUACCACAUGUUAGUUACAUGCAUAUCCAGAUGUGUUUCAUCAAUGGAAGACUAUAAAUGUGAAGGUUUUAUUCCAUAUGGUAUCCUUCCCAGAUUAAGAUCGAGGGCUUUCCGAGAAACUUCCAUAGUUUCACGAUAUAUCGUUUCUAGUGUUGUAGCAUGCCCUCGCUCAACAUCUUGGUACAAAAAGAAUAUGGCAGCUACCAAAAGACAAUAUCAGGGACCUGGAGCAUCUGAGGUUUACCAGUGUGAUUUGCUGCAGUCAUUAUGGUCUCUAAGAGCCUCAGUAAAGGUUUUUUCCGGUUCUCUUGCAGAAGAUUUCUUGUACGUAAUAUUUGGGGUUCUUGAUGUAGCAGAAUACUUUGUAUAUUUUACAUCGGCCUGGAACCAAAUCAACUUAAGAGGCCUUGCUUUGAUCACAAAACCUCUUUUACUUAGAUACACUGAAGGACGAUAUUCUCCUAAUGAUAUCAUAAAGGACUUGAAAGAUAUUCUUUAUGAGGUUAGGAAGAUUGUGGUAGAUGAUAUUUUCUUCAAGAGUGUACAGGCAUUUGAAUUAGAUGAAAAGAUGCUACAUAACCUUCCAGGAGAUUAUAUGACGAAAUUACCAGAAGAAGAGAGAUGGUUGGUUAUAUGCUGUUCUCUUUGGGGCCAAGUAUUGAGUUUUCUCGAACCUAUGAUAAAAUUGUUGGGGGAAAAAAUGGAAGAGGGCUGUAGUGUUAUAUCUUCAGGAGAAAUGGGAGCAGAGAGUGAUAUACAGUUGCGUACAGUACUCUUACCUUUCUCUAAGCUCAUAGAUGUUACAUGCGGACAUAUUUCUGUUUAUUGUGCAAAACAGUUAGUAUCAAACCUGCUGCUGAAAGGAGAUGCAGGGGUUGUGACUAUUGUUUUAAGCUCAGAUGAUAGUCAUACUGAUCCUUCUUCCCCAUCGGACUAUUCUAGGCAAAGAUUUGAGCAAAAUAUGCUAAAGAAUGAAACCGAAGAGAGAGCUUCUAAUAUUUUCUGGCGUAUCUGUUCUGAUCCAAAAACAAUUCCUGGUUUUAUUGAAGAAAACUUGAAAUGGUUUGAAUGUCUUAAACACAAGUCCUCCCGAGUUUGGGGUGAGGUGUAUACAAGUAUCCUGAACAACUGUGACGGUGGGGAAAAUGGUCAAGAAGAAGAUAGAAUAAAAGAUGCUGGAUCACCUAUUGCGUGUCUUACCCCGAAUGAUCAUCCUUUUCUAAGUUCUGGAGGAGAUGACACAAAAAAGGUCGUUCCCUUUGAUAGCCCCAGAGAAAUAUAUAAAAGAACUGGAGAGCUUUUGGAGGCCUUGUGCAUCAACUCCAUUGAUCAGCAUCAAGCUGCCCUUGCCACAAGCAGGAAGGGAAUAAUAUACUUUCACUGGGAGGAUGGGCUACUUGGUCAAGAUGGAUCUGAAUAUAUCUGGGCAGAUGCUGACUGGCCACACAAUGGGUGGGCUGGAUCUGAAUCAACACCUGUUCCAACUUGUGUAUAUCCCGGAGUUGGUCUUGGAAGCAGGAAGGGAACACAUUUAGGUCUGGGUGGAGCAACUGUUGGUGCAGGUCUUUCAAUGAGACCGGCUAGAGAGCAAAGGAAUUCUGUAAUAUCUGGCUAUUCCGGCAUGGGUGUGUCCAGCUUCGGUUGGGGGAUACAGGAAGAUUUUGAACAGUUCGCUGACCCAAUUCCGACUAUUGGGAGCGUGAGCUCUAGUUCAUUCUCGGCUCAUCCUUCAAUGCCACUAUUCUUGGUUGGUUCCAGUAAUACUCAUGUGUACUUAUGGGAGUUUGGUAAGGACAGAGCAACUGCUACUUAUGGCGUGCUCCCUGCUGCAAAUGUUCCUCCUCCAUAUGCGCUUGCAUCCAUAUCAGCAGUAAGGUUUGACAAGUGUGGACACAGAUUCGUGACUGGUGCAUUGGAUGGAACCAUUUGCACAUGGCAGCUGGAAGUUGGAGGAAGGAGCAAUGUGGGACCCACAGAAUCUGCCGUCUGCUUUGACAAUCACACAUUGGAUGUCACUUAUGUUACUCCUAGUGGGUCAAUCAUCGCAGCUGCGGGAUACAGCUCAACUGGCAUUAAUGUGGUUAUCUGGGAUACACUUGCCCCUAAUGCCACUUCAAGGGCGUCCAUUAUGUGUCAUGAAGGUGGUACACGCUCUCUUUCUGUGUUUGAUAAUAAUCUUGGAAGUGGUUCUGUUUCUCCCCUUAUUGCCACUGGUGGAAAAGCUGGCGAUGUUGGACUUCAUGACUUCCGCUACAUAGCUACAGGAAGGACAAAAAAGCACAAGCACAACGAUAUUAGUGAGCCACAUGGUAAUUUGUCCACAACAGUGGAAAUGCAGACCAAAACAGGGGAUCAGAAUCGAAAUGGGAUGCUGUGGUAUAUACCCAAGGCUCAUACAGGUAGUGUUACCAAAGUGUGCACCAUUCCGAAUACCAGUUUUUUCUUGACAGGCAGUAAAGACGGAGAUGUAAAACUCUGGGACGCAAAGAGAGCCAGAUUAAUAUUUCAUUGGCCGAGGCUGCAUGAAAGACACACUUUCUUGCAACCAAGCUCCCGUGGUUUUGGGGGAGUAGUUCGGGCGGGUGUUACUGAUAUUCAGGCAUGUUCUCAUGGUUUCCUCACAUGUGGCGGAGAUGGUACUGUGAGGCUGAUUCAACUCAAAGAUGGCUUCCACUUGUGAAUGAGAGGCAUGUGAGAUGGUGAGAGUGGAGAGGCAUAGCGGAAUUUGGGCGGUGAUAAUGUCCUUUUUGCCAGUGAAAUGUUGGAAGCAUCAUGGAUGAAGAUGGGGCUGGGCUGUUGAAGACAGUUGUGAAUCAUAUCAGAUUAGUGAAAGUUGGGGGGAAGAUUGAGCUCUACAUUUCCUUAGUUGGGUUUUCAUUGAUUUGGGGUGCGGAUACAUAUGUGCAUACAUAGGUAUGAUUACUUACAGAUAUUGUUUAAUCAUCUGCUACAUAAUAGAGUUCUGGAGGAAUCUAGUUUUUGUAUUGUCUAGGCGUUUUUAUGUAUUGUGCUCAUUCAUUAUUGAUUGAUUGAUGACUGGUGCUCAUUUUUAUAAGGAAUGUAUAUAACAUACUCUCCAUCACCA